UUCAAUUUUGGCUGGAUCCAACUGCCCCGCGCCUCUCUCUCUCUCUCUCUCUACAGAAUGAGCAGCUGGAGUUCUCCGUACAGUAGUCGGACGUCCAGGUCCGGCGGCCUACGCACGCCGGAGCGGUUACCUAAUUACUCUUCUCCCAGUCCUUUUCUCCAGAAAUCGACUUCAAGAAGAAGAAACACCGUCGUCAAGGACGCUUUCACGACCUUUACCGGAGCUUUUACAAAGUGUUUCACUCCGACGUCCGAACCAAAAACCUUCAAAGACUUGGGAGAUUCCGACGAAUUCAAAGCAAUUUCCGUCAAAUCAGACGGCUCGAGCAGAGGUGGCAAUAUGGCUGGUAGACGUCCUUCCCGGCGUUCAUUUCAAACCACUGGUUCAAAUGAACAAAUCAUGUGUACAGUAGAGCCAGGUAGCGUAAAAUUCAGCUUGAAUGAAAUACUCAAAGCGACUAAAAACUUCUCUUCAUCCCUCAAAAUCGGACAAGGUGGUUUCGGGACGGUCUACAAAGGACAGCUUACAGAUGGAACAUUCGUCGCCAUUAAACGCGCUAAAAAGAUUAUUUACGACAGGCAAUUGGGUGCGGAAUUUGAAAACGAAGUUAAAACUCUUUCGCAAAUAGAACAUCAUAAUUUGGUGAAAUGUUUCGGUUUCUUGAAACAUGAAGAUGAAAGGAUUAUUGUUGUGGAGUAUGUCUCCAAUGGAAACCUUAGAGAACACUUAGACUGUAUGCACAUGGAAAUUCUUAGCCUAGCCAGCCGGCUUGAGAUUGCCAUAGAUGUCGCUCACGCCAUUACUUAUUUGCAUACUUAUACGGAUCACCCAAUAAUUCAUAGGGACAUAAAGUCUUCAAACAUUCUGCUAACCGAAAAACUCAGGGCAAAGGUGGCUGAUUUUGGUUUUGCUCGGUUAGCACCUGACAGAAAUUCAAGUGCCACUCAUGUAUCCACACAAGUUAAAGGAACAGCAGGUUACUUAGACCCGGAAUACUUAAUGACCUACCAGUUAACAGACAAGAGCGAUGUUUAUUCAUUCGGAGUGUUACUAGUGGAACUAAUGACGGGUAGGCGCCCAAUUGAAGCGAAAAAGAGAAAGGAAGAGCGUAUAACAGCAAAAUGGGCAAUGAAGAAGUUUAUGGAUGGAGAGGCACUUGAAGUUAUGGACCCGAAUCUGGAGAAAAACGAUGCUAACAAUUUUGCAAUGGGAAAGAUUUUUGAGUUGGCAUUGCGAUGCUUGGGAAACAAUAGGAGAACUAGGCCGAAUAUGCAGAGGUGCGUGGAGGCUCUUUGGAAUUUAAGAAAGGAUUAUAAGGAAAUAUCAUCGUCAAUUCCCCAAAUAAGAGAGGAUGAAGAUGAUUACAACAACAAUAAUAAUAAUAAAGACUACAAGGCGUAAGGCUAAGGCAUUUUGGAAGAUUGAUAAUGCGCGCAAUUUGGUUGGUAAUUCAGGUUUUGUGUGUAUGCAAUAUAUAUUGAAUUGAAUUGAAUUGAAUGUUACACUUGUAUUAUAAUGGUGGCAUGCAAUCAUGUUUAGAAAAUGUAUUUGCAUAUUAUAUAGUGUUAUUAUGAAAGGUUUAGACUUAGUUUCUCAACCUCCAUGCA